ACUCCAGUAUAAUAUACGGUAGCGAGGGAGGACGGAGAGAGAGAGAGAGAGCACGUCGUCUUCCUUUUGCUCUGCUUUUGUUGUGCGGGAUCGGUCGGUUUAAGUAAUUCUGUAAUCUGUUGAUCGUGGGCCCGGAAUACGUAUCGGCUAAGCUUAGCGAAUCGGACAUUUCCUAGUCUUACCUUCGCUCUUUCUCUCUUGUCGAACUCGGCGGAUCAUCGAACGUAGAUCAUGGGGCAAUUGUUCUGCUGCUUGCAAGUAGACCAGUCAACAGUUGCUAUUAGGGAGACAUUUGGAAAGUUUGAUGAGGUGCUUGAACCAGGAUGCCACUUACUUCCUUGGUGCUUGGGAAGACAAGUAGCAGGCUACCUUUCACUGCGAGUGCAACAACUUGACGUUCAUUGUGAGACGAAAACUAAGGAUAAUGUAUUUGUUACAGUUGUUGCAUCUGUUCAGUAUCGUGCCUUGGCAGAUAAAGCUGCGGAUGCUUUUUACAAGCUCAGCAACACACGUGAGCAGAUACAAGCUUAUGUUUUUGAUGUCAUUAGGGCUAGUGUUCCAAAGUUGAACCUGGAUGAUGCAUUUGAACAAAAGAAUGAAAUUGCUAAAGCUGUAGAAGAUGAGCUUGAGAAGGCCAUGUCAGCAUAUGGCUACGAGAUAGUCCAGACACUUAUUGUUGAUAUCAACCCGGACGAACAUGUUAAGCGAGCAAUGAAUGAAAUAAAUGCAGCUGCCAGAUUGAGGGUAGCAGCUAAUGAGAAGGCAGAAGCGGAGAAGAUACUGCAGAUCAAGCGGGCCGAGGGAGAUGCAGAAUCAAAGUACCUGGCUGGGCUUGGCAUAGCCCGUCAGCGGCAGGCAAUCGUCGAUGGUCUGAGGGACAGUGUGCUUGCUUUUUCUGUAAAUGUGCCUGGAACCACCGCCAAGGAUGUCAUGGACAUGGUGCUGGUCACCCAGUACUUUGACACAAUGAAGGAGAUUGGUGCAUCAUCAAAGUCAUCAUCUGUUUUCAUCCCUCAUGGCCCAGGUGCAGUGCGGGAUAUCGCUUCUCAGAUCAGGGAUGGGCUGCUUCAGGCUACACCGCAGUAGAACACUCAUGGGGAUUGUCUGAGACUUUGAAGCAUCAUUUGAAAGCUUACUUCUUGCACUAGAUGGUAUUGUGGUUAUUGGUUUGGUUAAUUGGUUUGGUUUUGUUUUUCUUUUUUGUUUGCUUGUGUGGAUAUAUGUGACUACGUCUAUAAGCAACGAGGAAAACGGAAAAAAAAAAAAAAAGGAUCAGAACAUCUUUUUUGUACAUUUCAAGCUUGUGAAGUAUUGUUUAUGCGGUUUGUAAGCCACCAACUUGUUUCC